CACGAAAGCUGGUUCGUUUCUCUAUUCGCGCUUCGACAACCCGCGAGAUCGACGCUGGAGAAGCACAUUGCUCGCCUGCACGAUGUCGAUCGUGCGUUCUGCUUCUCGACGGGAAUGGCCGCGCUGACGACGGUGAUGCAGAUGGUGGAGGUCGGCGACGAGAUCGUGGCGGACGAUGACAUCUACGGCGGGACGGACAGCCUGCUCACCAGCCUUGUCACACGAUGGGGCGUGACGGUGAAGCGAGCGAACACGAGCAACAUGGACGAGAUCCGGGCGGCCGUGUCGUCUAAAACGAAGCUUGUCUUCCUGGAGAUCGCGACGAACCCUUUGCUGCAGAUCACGGACAUCGCUGCCAUCUCCGAGAUCGAGCACAGGACGGGCGCGCUGGUUGUGGUGGACAAUAGCAUAAUGUCCUCGGCACUUUCGAGGCCGUUGGAUCACGGCGCGGAUAUCGUGAUGGAGUCGCUGACGAAGUUCAUGUCCGGGCACAGCGACGUGAUGGGUGGUUUCCUGGCCGUGAGGGGGGAACAGCUCGCGAAGGACAUCCACUUCCUCCAGUUGUCCGAAGGAGCGUGCCUGAGCGCUUUCGACAGCUUCUUGAUACUGAAGGGAAUGCAGACGUUGUCUCUGAGAGUGGAAAAGGCUCAAGAGAAUGCGCAGGCCAUAGCCGAUUGGCUGGCGAAGCACCCGCAAGCCAUAGCCGAAUGCGCAGGCCAUAGCCGAUUGGCUGGCGAAGCACCCGCAUCGGCUCAGGAGAAUGCACCUACAACACGCAUAUCUUGAUACAAUUUAACUUCAUCGAUGGGCGCAUUAUUAUCCCGCUCGCAAACGAAAGCACGAUCGCACCCUUUGUACACGUACUUAUACACGUA